AUGCACGCCUACGAAUCCGGUUGGUCUAUGGCGCCGUUAUUUGGCAGCGAACCUAUUGCACGGGUAAUGGAGGAACACUUUGUUUCAUCCUAUACAAUCACGCCGCCCCCUAGUCCCCCUAACACCGAAUCAAUGAACCUCAUGGCAGCAAUCCUCGAGUACUUGGACAAGGGUACUCUUGAUGUCCCAUCACCUUACUGGGACAUAUGCUACGAACACGAAUCCUUCUCCGAAGGUGUCGCCUUACCGCCUCUCUUCGCAUUCUCAAAACCUGUACGAUCGCCAUGGCCUGCUCCUAUACUGGCGUCGGGACUGUUCCGUGAUGCCGCCGAGGAUACAUCGUCUCAGCAGUCGACGCCUUCAAUGACAUCAAGUCCGCUCGCCCCUACAAUUGACGCGAUCGAAGAAUACGCGAGCUACGAUCCCAGUGGCGCGACACUGGAGCUGCAUGAGACUGGCAGCGAGACCGGCGCCGAUGCCCUAGCAUUGGACGAUCCGGCGCGUGCGCCAUCUCCUCAAGCCGACUCGGAGCUCAGCAGCAUCGACUCAUCAGACUCGGAAGAAGAAAUCCCGCUCGCGGUGUACUAUGCACGAGCUGCUCAUCCGAAGACGAGCACAAAUCUGAAAAGACGCCGCUCAACAACUCCGGACGAGGAUGACGAGGAUGUUCACGCGCAGGCUUGUCGACCUUCCACGUCCCAGAGAGGCACGAAGAGACGAAGGGUCACCGUAGACGAAGACGAGGACUAUGUGCCAUCCUCACAUAGGACCUCAGCCGCCCGAGUAUCCAACGGGAGUCAGAUAGGGAAGGAGCGAUCGGGUGGGCUGCAUAAAUGCAGCUUCUGUCCGAAGACCUUCAAGCGGAAGAGUGAUCGUGUGCGACACGAAUGCACGCAUACAGGCCAACGCGUCGUGUGCAUGCAUUGUAGAGGUAUUCUCUCGCGCCACGACGCAGGACUACGCCACCACAACGCACGGCACCCGAGGGAGGAUCCGUGGCUCGAGCUCGUCAACGCCGGGGAAGGAACCUCCGAGUCUUCUUCAACGUUCGAGGAACCAAUCGGUAGUCCGACGGUUGAGCUUCCGGAUCCUGCUAUGGACGUAGCAUGGUAUCCCUCUCAUCCGAGUACACGGGCAUCAUCAUAUCUUUCCGAAUUCUCGCCAGUACACUGUUGA